AUGAGUUUAUCGUGUCCCUGGGGCGUAAAGGGACUAGACAAGUCACGUUUCGAAGCUUAUGCCAAACUCUUGCGGCUGAAAAAUGGCGGCCAGAUCGAAGAAGCUUCCAACUUUUCCGAGAUGCUCGAUGAAGAGAUGGAACCAGAUGAGCUAGACGACGCUGGUUCCGUCGACGCGAACGAAUUCUUGUCGUUUGACGAGGGGAAAUUAAAGAGAGCCUUUCUUGAUAGGUUGUCUGAGCUUACUGCGAAUGAGAAAGGAGGCUAUCAUGUUUCAUCAUCUCUGAUGAUCGAGUGGCCAGAUCGAGUCGAUAUUCUCGUGGCAAAGAAUAAUGGCUUCAGCAAAGGGGGUGCAACUCUCCGGAUACUCGAAACUAUAGCCUCUAGUCUCCGAGACAUUGCCACGCUGGAUUCUUCAGAUGCUGCUACCGUUUCUACCAAGAAGAGUCUUUGGGAAUCAUUGGUACAAUGGUACAAGCCCAGGAUAGACUCCGACAUGAUCCGGGUCAAAAAGACCCUGGAUGAGACUAUCCUAACUACCAGGGCCCAGGUAAAAACCCCUGCUUCGAACGAUUGCACAUCAUCUCUUCUAUCGCACCUCGAGGAGCUUUGUGCUCUUAUAAAUACAGUGUCACAUCCACCAACGCAGGAUGACCUCGAAAGAAUCGUGAAGUGUGCCCAUGAUGUACAUCUUCUGUAUAAAGAGCAUGAUUUUGAUGACAUUGCCGGCAAAAAUGCCAAUACUAGGUCAUUGAGAGACGCGCUGGGCUUCCUUGCCAAACUGAAAAGGAUGGAUCGAAGCAAUGCCUGGUCGUUGAAGAAGACGCUUGAAUCGUUGGAUCUUGAACUCAACGACAAGACGGCAGAUUCCCUUGUCACAGCCGGCAGAAAGAAAAGUCCAUGGAACAAGAGCAAACUGCUGCAAAAAUUUGACACAUUGAAAGCAUCGGCUUCCAAAGUACAUGCAGAAACGCAAGUCAUCUUGGCGGCGACAAAUCACGACUGCACGGGCGCAGUCAUAUUCAAGUACGUGGGCUGCAGUAAGCGCAGCUGUUUCCUCUGCUACAGGCUCGUCCAGAACUUUGGAUCCUACACUACAAGGGGGUGCCAUGGCAAGCUCUACGAUCUCUGGACGGUGCCCGAAACACCUUGGCUUGCGGGAGAGGAACGCUCAAAGCUCAUUCAAGCUCUCAAGAAUGUCGAAAAGGCCAUGAAGGAAUCUAUACGUGGUGGGAAGACCACCGGACUUGUACACGCUCCUGAGUCUACCAUUGGGGGCUCUUCAGUUGCGACCAAGAUACCGCAAUCUGGCCGAAACCCUUAUAUGCUAUCCCUCGUCUCAGAGUAUCUUUCAUCACAGCGCCAAAGGACGAGGUCCGGUGCUGACAAAGAAGGAGACUUUACAAGCCUUGAGGAAUUGACGCAGUCUUUGCCAAGCGCAACUGAUUAUGAAACCAAAGCUCAAGGUCGGGCUGCGAGAACAAUCCCGACACCUGAGCAACUGCAAGGCGAAUGUGGUAUCUGCGAACGAGAGACCAGUCGCCGCUGUCAGUUCUGCAACCUGGACUGGUUCUGCAGUGAAAAAUGCCAAGAUCAAAUGUCAUUUUAUCAUCUCACCAAGUGUUCAGCCCGCGGGAUAACAACAGCUGAUAUGCUUUGUCGUGAUGUUAUUGGAGAUCAAAUUCCUCAAGACUCAGAGACGCGUGAGCAUUUUGGGUUCACUCGGUGCCACAACCGGAGAGAUCAAAGUCACCUCCUUGGCCUUUACCAAGGCCUCAUACUCUAUCUAGAUGUUAGGGCUAUCCAGCUUAACGAAUGGCGCGAGAAAAAUAUCCUCGUGAGCAAAAUUAUAGAGGCGUUUUCCAAAUUGUCUGAGAACAAUCGUGGGGCUUACUUCCCAUGGUUCCUUCGAAACCAGCACAUCCUUGAUAACUCAACUCCACCACUUCAGCUCGUUGGUGAGGAUAAUGCCCUCCAUCGAGCUAUAAAUGCGGCGAGACCCUACCUCGACCCAGAAGAUCGCGACAAGCAUGUUAAACUUUUGGAGCCUCCAUCCAAAGGGCAUUGCUUCCUGUUUUUCGCCAUGGUCUUGGACAGCUCGUAUCCGAACCCAUAUUUGGCCUGGUCUGAUUCGUGGUACAAUUUUGGUUUUGUCGUCUUCCAUAACCAAUACGAGGAGCGAAAGCUUGGGGGUAUUUACAGUACGCUUGUAGGUGGCAAUAAAUCAAGCAGAGACUAUGAUGAAAGUCUAGGGGUUGAACUAAAAGAUUAUCCCAAUCUACCCACAUGCUCAUUCAACGAAUUAUGGCUAGCCUAUGAAAACGGUGAGCUCGCAAAUCUCUUCCGCCGAUACGGUCUAGACUCCAUCUUCGGUGGCAAUUUGGGUCUGGAGGAAUUUUUAUCUUUCCCGCUGAAUCAGCGUCAACUGCGCCCAUCAGUCUGGAAGUUGAAGCACUUCCUGGCCAUCGAUGCCAACCAACCUCUGGGCAACUUUCCCGAGAUUGAAGCAGCCGCUCAGGAAUAUGGGUUUACAGCACAGCUCAACCCGAGAACAGGAUUGGCCUUGAGGCAGUGUUAUGAGCAGUUGUUUAGAAAGGUGAACCCGCUCAGGGUCCAUGAAGCAAAGUCUCAUGGCCAAUUGUGCGAGUAUGCGGAGAGUGUCCUUGAUGACAUUGAUGACGACGUCCGGCAAGUAUUGCGGAAGAUUAGUUGA